GCGCCCCUGCAGCACACGGCGGCCGCCGCACGGGAGCUUCCGGAGCCAGGCGCACGCGGGAGCCAGAGCCUGCCCGAGGCGGACGGCCCCGCGGCGGGUCCCGGCGCGGAGGAGGUCGCCGCGCUGCUGAGGGCGGAGCUGGCUCGGGAGAGGGACCGGGCGAGCCUGGAGCGGGCACGCCGCGAGGACCUGGACGCCCAGUGCCAGCAGCUCCGGGAGUCGCUCAACGAGGCCGUGGCCAAGUGCAUCCUGACCCACAACAUGGGGAGGAAGGUGUCGGAGAGGCUGGCGGCCGUGGAGAUGGAGGCAGCGGCCGACGCCAGGGCCGAGAUGCGCAUGCAGGACAGUCUUGAGGCGGAGCUGGCGAGCGCGGAGAGGGAUUUGAAGGAGACGUACAGGGCCUCCCUGGAGUCAGAGCAGCACGAGGCCGAGGGCAUCCGGCAAGAAGUGGCCAUGUACAAGGACGCGCUCCAGGAGACCGAGAGGACGGCCGAGGACGCGCACAAGGCGAACGACUACCUCGAAGAGCGCUUGGCCUGCGCAGAGCAGCUCUUGCAGGACGACGCCCUGACCGAGGCCGCCGCACUGCAGGAGCAGCUGACGGAGGCUCGACAUCGUGAGGAGGCCCUGCAGGAGGGCCAUCAGCAGCAGAUGGCCUCGCUCCGGGAGCGGGCGAAGGCUGCGAUCCAGAGGGUCCGCGACGAGAGCGACGAGCAGAAGGCCGUCAUGAGGGAGGAGCUUCGACAGGCCAUCGCCGAGGACUCGGGCGGCGAUGCGUUGCCUCACCUCUGCAGCAGCAGCUGGCGGAGGCGCAGCGGAGCCUGGAGGAGAAGGGCGCGAAGCUUGCCGACCUGCAGCGCGACCUGGACGCCAAGGAGAUGCUCAUGUCCGACUCGGUCAUGGAGCUGA